AUGAGAACAAAAAACACAAGGAGCAAGAAGGCAAGAAAAACUUCUUCAUCUGCUGAUGCUGCCUCUUCUUCUAGGAGAAGUAGUACAACAACUCCUUCUUCAACAACAACAACAUCAUUAAAUGUAAAAUCGGGAGAAAAAACAAAAAUCAAAUCGGAGAAGGUUUCUCGAGAACAUCUAGUCACCGAUACAGUCAUUGUUAAAUAUCGUGAAAAUUAUUAUUUUAAUUCCUUUUUCUCUAGGCUUUCUGUUGGUGAGAAGGCACACAUGAUUAAGAGUUUGAAGAGAACUCCGAUCUUUGUGCGAGUGGAAGGAGCUGGCACUGAGGAUUACUUGAAGAAUGUCACGAAUUAUAUGAGACAAUUUAAACAGGCUUUUUAUCCGUGCCAUUUGAAACCAUCAACACUUUUAUUUUCUUUCAAAGUCAUUGCUGAGGAGAGAGCAAGUGAUAUUGAAAAGGAAUUUUUGGAUGGUAAAGAAUUUGUGAACAAGGCCAAACAAGGAACUGUGGACCCAACAGAAUUUAGAGCCAUUAUUGAUUUGGAUUUUAAGGAAAUAAUUUGGAGGGACGAACAUGAGAUAUCACUCACCUUAAUUACUCAACCUAUUUCAGAAAUAUCUGAUCUUAGUAAUGAACAAGCUGUAACUUAUGAUAUAAUUAAGGAUAAGGAUGAAGUAGAUAUUGAUGAAAUAGAUUUUGAUGAGGAGUUUGAAUUGGAUUUGAUGGAAGAGCAAGCCGAAAAUAAUUUAAUUUUGGAGGGACAACACGAGUUUAUCACCAAAUUGUUUAAUAUUGAAAUGAUGGAAAAGAGUAGCACUUCAAGACCAGAGUUUGAUCCUAAGUUUUACCCAAAAUCACAUCAAAUAUUUAAAGCUAUAGAGGAAGGUGUAAAAAUAUUUGUGGGUUCAGCUUCUGAGUUGACUGCCACUGCUCUUACCUCCUGUCUCAAUUAUCUAUACGAUCAGAGUAAGGAUAUUUAUCAAUGUAAAGAUUUUCAACUAUUUGAAGCUAGCUCUCUACAGAUUUAUAUGGUUCAUUGUUUAAAAAUUGUUAGAUCUGAAUGCUUUGCUAGAAAUUAUCAUCCCACUAGAUUGGAACAUGAAAAAUUCAAAAGGAUAGCUCUAGCCAAUAUGAAAGGAGCAAUAACUUGUUCCAAAUUGAUGGUAGCAUCCUCAUUGAAUUAUUUUUUCACAGACAAUGAUUCUACAUCUACAAAUGAUAUCAUUAAUCAAAACAUUUCCUCUUCAUCAUCAUCAACAACACAUAACAAUGUCAACAUGGAACAAUUAUUAGGAAAAUGGUUGAAAUUAUCUGGAAAUUGA